AUGACUGUCGCAGACCUUCCCGCUGUGGCGCAGCAAUCCGCUGGGGAUAUUAAUUUUAAGAAGCGCAAGUAUGAAGAAGAAGAGGAAUCCAAUUCAGUUGUUAUGGAGCAAGUAUCAUCAGAGCUUCGUCAACCAGAUUUACCAAAAUUCAACCUGACAUCAUCAAAGUCUUCAGCUAAAGAAGAGCUUGGUGAGAAGCCUUCUGCGCAAGAAUGGCAAACAGUAGAGAGGCGACCAAAAAAGAAAGCUAAGAAGAUACCAAAGGCUGGAAAUGGAAAUUACCCUGCUAUUACUUUCUCAGCAAAAGAGUCUCGACUGUCGGGACAAAUCAAGAUUGGAGAUUUGCAAUGUCUAGUCCUCUAUCUUCUUGCUGAUGGCAUGGCCCCUCAGUUUGUUUCUGUCCGCCAUCGACCACAAUUUCGAAAAGUUGUCGUACUUAUGGUCCCUGGACUUGAAGAAUCUAUGUUCGGUACUAAACCUGCUUCUGAUGGGCGUCGACAUUCCCCGGAUGAAUAUCUGCCCCGCAAGCUAAAAUCUGAAGCUCUGCCUGAAAAUCUAAAGUUGUUUGCGGAUAUGUUUGAGUAUAUAUGGCCAGUCAAAACACCAGGAGACAAGAAAUAUGCAAAGAUGCAUUCCCCUUUACAUGCUAUGCUAACAGCACCUGUAACUAAAAGCCAAGAAAACAAGAAUAACAAUGGGAAAGGUCCCAGGAAAGCUAGAGAACCUAAUGGCUGGCAGAACAAUCGCACGCCAAUAACUCAAUUCCUCACAUCGCCAGAAGACCUCCAAGAGAAUGGUUAUACCCUUCAUCCCGCAUCCUACAACGAGGUAAUCGAUAAAAAUAACUUGGCGGAGCAGCGAAAAACCUGGGAGGUCGACGAGGCUCAUGGAUGGGUAGAUACAGAAGUCAACAAUUUUGAUGAAGGAUCCGUCCCAGAUGAUGCGAUUGAGCAAGGAAGUUUGACAGCUGGCAGAGAGAUCUUCGCUAUGGAUUGUGAAAUGUGUAUGACUGACAAGAAUGAGUUCUCACUCACGCGCAUAAGUAUUGUUAGUUGGGACGGAUCAGUUGUACUUGAUGAGCUUGUAAAACCCGAGAAGCCAAUCAUUGAUUAUCUCACUCAAUAUUCUGGUAUCACAGAAUCAAUGCUUGCUCCAGUCACAACAACAUUACAAGACAUACAGAAGAGACUAGUCAAACUAUUUCACUCACGUUCGAUCUUGAUCGGUCAUUCCCUCGACUCAGACCUUAAAGCCCUCAAACUUACGCAUCCAUAUAUUAUCGAUACUGCUGUUAUAUAUCCUCAUCCUCGUGGUCCACCACUCAAAUCCUCCCUGAAAUGGCUUGCGCAAAAGUAUCUCGGCAAAGAGAUCCAGAAGGGACAUGGAGCAACUGGUCAUGACUCGACUGAGGACGCAAGAACUUGUCUUGAUCUCGUAAAGCUUAAGUGUGAGAAGGGAUCUGACUGGGGAGCAAAUGACUCACAAGGUGAGAACGUCUUCAAGCGAUUAGCCCGAGCAGGCGUUCGAUAUAAGAGCCAGGGAGGAUCAUCCAUACCAGAUUUUACGGAUGGUAAAUCAUCAGCUGCUAUUGAUUGGGGUGAUCCAAAGAGAGGUCCUGGUGGUGCUGCAACCUUCUCCGUUGGAUGCAAAAGUGAUGAGCAGGUCAUGGAAGGUGUCAUUCGAGCUACAAAUGGGGAUACUGAUGGCAAGGAGAUUCCUGGUGGUGGUGUAGAUUUCGUCUGGGGAAGAUUUAGAGAGUUAGAGGAUCUAAAGGGUUGGAACAACCAGAGACUUCCUCGUGCUGCAGAUUCAACAGACACAGCAGUAGAGGAAAAUAUCACAGCUCCUAAAAGCGGCGAAAACAUGAAAGUAGAUACUGACAUGGAAGAGUCAAACCCUAAACCAGCACCCGACACCCCUGAAUCCAACAUUUCUACAAAGCAAAACGCCAUGGAGGAUAUCAGUGUUGCCAAGAACUCAAAAUCGCCAAGCAAUACAAGCACCGAGCCACCACAAACAAACGCGGCCACAUUCUCCCACCCAUCCGACCCCUUUGCAUCAGCAACCCUGGCUCUCACUCAGCGCAUCCACAAAAUCUACGAAUCGCUUCCCCCUUGCACAGCAUUCAUCAUUUACAGCGGCUCAGGCGAUCCAAAAGAAAUGGUCAGAUAUCAAAAAAUGAAACAACAGUUUCAACAUGAGUAUAAGACGACCAAAUGGGAUAAGUUGAGUGUUAAAUGGACGGACGUGGAAGAACAGGCUAUGAAUAGGGCGGCGGAUCAUGCGAGAAAUGGAAUCGGAUUUAUUGCCGUUAAGUAG